GAGCGCACUUUAUUAUUAAACCCUUAUUCCCACGCAAAAGUAAAAACUACCAACUACCCUUCUCCCUCUUUCCUUCUUCUUCACAGUCCUUCAAAGUCCCUCCAAAACCAAAUCCACAAACCCACUACUACUUCUUUCUUUCGUUUUUUAUAUAUGCCUGAAAGAAGUAUACGGCGGCGGUCUGCGGCGACUCGAGGCCGGAAGAGCAUGCCGCCGAACCCUUCUCCGUCGCCGCGUCGGAGGACCCCACCGCCUCGGAGAUCGGCGAGGCAGCAGGCACCUUCGAAGCCUAUUGGGAUCUUGAAACGUUGCUUUUCGGACCCGAUGCUUUGGAGUAGUGCUUCUGUUAGCAGCUACAGCGACGAUGAUCGGAGUUUGAGGUCUGAGGAUGGUGUUCUUUUCCGUCCUCAGACAUGUUACGACGUUUUUGCCUCGUCGUCUUCCUUGCCGGGUUUCUCUCCUCGGAGUCACGAGGGAUACAAGAAAGAUGCAAAGGUGGUGGUUAAUGUGACAGUUGAAGGUAGUCCAGGACCAGUUCGGACCAUGGUUAAGUUAGGGGCCUCUGUGGAGGAGACCAUAAAGGUUGUCGUAGACAAAUAUAGCAAAGAAGGGCGAACUCCUAAGCUUGAUCAGGGUGCACCAUCCUCAUUUGAAUUGCAUAACUGCUAUUUCAGUCUUAAAAGUUUGGAUAAAUCCGAAUUAAUUGGGGAUGUUGGUAGCAGAAGCUUCUAUCUUCGAAAGUGUUGCAAUGGUCAUAGUAGUAAUGGAGCAUCUCCUUGCACUUCAGAAAUUGCUCUGCCAAAAGAAAACUGUCCUCCACCCAUUCCACCUCCUGCAUUCUCACUUCCAUCUGUAAUUGCCCGAAAGUGUGGUUUCACCGUGAAUUGAAGGUCUUCAAGAACCGAUGAAUUCGGGUUGAGUGUCAGUUUUCACGGAUUGAAUUCUGAUUCAACCGAACCAACAGCCAACAGCCACACGUGGAAGACCAAGCGGUUGAGAUCAUGGUCAAGUUUUGGUUUGAACCCGAAAUCGACUCAACUUGACCUAAGCGGGAUCCACUAUUAUCUAAGCUGAGGAAUCAUUGUUCUCAUAGUACUAAAUAAUUACCAGCGUGCAUGGGGGGAAGAUGCUCACAAUUUGUCUGGAUGUGAAUUGUACAUACCCUUUUGAUAUAUAAUACAUCAAGAUUAUUUUCAAAUACUUUUA